CCGGCCAGCAGCAGCGGCACAGAAACAGCGUCCAUUUGCAAACACUGGAAAUGACAGCCGCCCCGCUGAACGAUUCGCUCGAAAUGCGCGAGAAGCCGCGCAUUCCGCCAAAGCCUGCUAACCUCCGGCUUGCAGUUGCAGGCGCAACACAGCCCACGCAGCAGCUGCAACAGCAACAGCAGCAACCGUCAUCGGGUGCAUCGACUUUGGCAGCCGACGCGGUCAGAGCGCUCAUUCGGCGGGCGACUCGCCGGCAUACUCGAUGCAGUCGACCACGCGAGCGCUGAACGCAGCAGCUGCAACGCCAGAGAUUACACCGCAGAGAACAACACCGGCAGCAGAGUCGCCUCCAUCGCAGCAGAGGAAGAGCCCGGUCUCGGCGGCAGCGGCUGCAGCAGCAGUAGCUACUGCGGCAGGACGGAAGCGGGUCGUAGCAGACUUUGAGUUCGGGCGCACGCUUGGCGAGGGCUCGUAUUCAACAGUGGUCGAGGCGAGGGAGAAGGCGACGGGCAAAGUGUUUGCAGCCAAGAUCCUGGACAAGCGGCAUAUCAUCAAGGAGAAGAAGAUAAAGUACGUCAACAUUGAGCGCGACGUGCUGCACAACCUCCACCACCCGUUCAUCGUGCGCCUGCACUAUGCGUUCCAGGAUGCCCACAGCCUGUACUUUAUCAUCGACAUAGCCAGCAACGGCGAGCUGCUGUCGUGGAUUCGCAGACUGGGCGCCCUGUCCGACGAGUGCGUGCGGUUCUAUCUGGCGGAGCUUGUUGUCGCCGUCGAGUACAUGCAUAUGGAGCACACGCUGCCACCGCGACAUAAAGCCGAGAACAUUCUACUCGGCAACGACAUGCACAUCCUGGUGACCGGACUUUUGGCACGGCCAAGAUGUUUGGCAAGGACGAGACCGACAUGCGCGCGUACUCGUUCGUCGGCACUGCAGAGUACGUGUCGCCGGAAGCUGCUCACCGACAAGGCAGCCGACCGCAACAGCGAUCUAUGGGCUAUCGGCUGCAUUGCAUUCCAGCUGCUCACUGGCCGCCCGC